AGUGUUAUUGUCCCAGUCUUUUCCAGGAGUAUGUAGCUUCCCUUUUUGCAAGCAAUAAUUCUCUGGUUUAGCAUAGUCUUUGUAAGGUUAGUGCCUUCAUCUUUAAAACCUUCUCUUAGAUGUUAGGCAAGCCAGCGUAACCCCUCUUGAAACUGUAGGAGCACAGAAUCUUCAAGCAGUAAUAUCAUCUUGUGGAUGCCUGAGGCUUAGCUGAGGAUCCAAGCCCAUAUAAUGCUUUCCCAAGGGUCAAAGCCAGAGGGAAACUAAUUUUUGAUCACCCUGUCCAUUAGUCCUGAGGACUUGUUAGCUUAUAGUGUCAACAGGAAAAAAAAUAGAUGGAGACACCAUCGUGCUUUGGUUUCCUGGACAGUCUUAGUUUUAAAUUUCCUGUCAAUACAAGCAACAUUGGAUGUUGCCUGAGAGCCACCAGCUGAUCAUCAGUGAUCGGUCUGACCUCGUAUGUGUCAGAUGCCACGGAACUUCCCAGAAUUAAUCUCUGCUUCAAGCCUAGUAGGCCCUGGUGAAGUAAAGCACAUCUCUUAGAAAAACACACUAUCUUGAUUUCAAAUUUUCCAGCGAUGAUGAACCUACCACAGCCUUUGGUCAUUGCUCAAAAAAUACUGAAUUUUCUAGGGCCCAAAUUUGGCUUCUGGGGCUCCCCUGUGAAUGCUGACUGGGGGGCCACUCAGCGGGACCUACAGGCUGCGCCAGAUUCACUUCCAUUGGGGGUCCAACGAUGAAGCCGGCUCUGAGCACGCGGUGGAUGGGAUGAAGUAUGCGGCAGAGCUUCAUGUGGUCCAUUGGAAUGCAGAGAAGUAUUCCAGCUUUGUUGAGGCAGCUCGUCAGUCAGAUGGAUUAGCAGUCAUGGCUGUAUUUCUGAAGAUUGGUGAAUGCAACCCUCAGCUGAAGAAGAUUACUGACCGCUUGGACACCAUCAGAAUCAAGGGUAAAAAAGCACUAUUCACAAACUUUGAUCCUAGCUGUCUGCUUCCCAAGUCCCUGGACUACUGGACUUACUUUGGCUCUCUUACUGUUCCACCUCUUCUUGAGAGUGUCAUCUGGAUUGUUCUGAGAGAACCCAUAAGUGUUUGUUCUGAACAGCUGGCCAAAUUCCGCAGCCUCCUGAGCACUGCUGAGGACGAGGUCGCCUGCUGCUUGCUGAGAAACUACCGGCCUCCCCAGCCUCUAAGAGGACGAGAAGUCAGAAGGAAUUAAAGGAGUAAAGCCAGAGUAGUCUCCCUCUGAAACCAAAGGCUGAAUUAAUUUUAAUAGUUAAUAUACUUUGUGAUUUUUAAUUUUUUUUUCUUGAGUUGUUGUAACAAAUAGGUGUUGUUUUAUUACUGGUUAUCAUGCAGUCAUUUCACACAGACAAGUACGUCCUGAGCUGUUGCAGGUUCAUCGACAUUAACAGGUCUGACUGUGUUUGAGUGCGUUGGUUUGGGAGCACAGAGGUCACUGCUAAUCAUAAGGGUCAGAUGUGGUAAAGGAGUUGCCCAGAAUUUCCCACCAAAUUAUUGAACAGGAUGCCUGGUAUUAUUGGCAGUGUAGGAUGUUCGGGGUUUAUUCUUCUGGUCUCUAACAUAACAUUUAGCUUCUAUAUGGGACUUCACAAUAUAAUUCUCAAGGAAAAACUAUUUCAAUGAUGUUGUCAUUUCACUUUCCUGCAAAAAGCAGUAAUGACUAACAGCAUUUAAGUAAAACAGAUGUUUAUAUGAUCCUGUUAUUCUGGCUGCUUCAUAGCGGGAAUCAUGUACUGACUGAUGUUUUUUUAAAAAGCAAAUAGUAAGGAUUUUGUAUAUUGCCUGAUCAUGUCAGGUGGAUUAGGUAUUCCUGAAUUUCAUAACGUGUGUGAUGAAAUUGUCCUGAAACCUGAAAACUGCAAGGUAGAAAGGCAUAGAGGGAAUUGUUUGGGUCUAAAUGCAGUCUGUUGCAUUUGGUGAACAAUAAGGGACUAACUAUAACACUAUAUCCAUGUAGCAUCAGACUUUUACCACUUAAAAUCAGAAGGCAGGGGUGGCUGUUGCUCCAGACUCUUUCAUGCUAGACACAUUGGACACUGCAGUGUGAUCCACAUUGUGCAUACCUCACACUAUGCAGUGGAGCACAGCACUGCUCAGGUCUGUAAUGUCUCAAGGUGCUGGCUGAUGUUCUGCUGUCAUAGUUGAACUUUGGUGGUUGCACUUACAUGCCAAGACCAAAGAGAACAUUCAGAGAAAGCCAAAGAAACUGGAAUCAAGUCAAUAUCUAAUAAAAAGCUCAGCCCUCAAUAGCAAUAUGUUGAAAUGUCCGUCUUUAUGAAUUGACUUGAGCCUGAGUUUCUCUCAGGAGCUUUUGUUAUCUGAAUAUAAUUGUUUGUUUUAUGCCAAAUUUAUUUUUAUUCUUUUUAAUGAACUUGCCAUAGCAUGUAGCUUAGGAUAGAAUUAGAUUUACUCUCAAACUGUGAGAACUACAUAAUUACCUACCUGGAAGAGGCAGCUAGAGGUUUUAUGGGCAGCAACUACCAUCAAUCUCUGUAGUACUUCUGACCAACUCAUCUUCCAUGAAUUAAUUUUUUUAUAGGUUUUAUAGGCUCUGCCUUU